GGAGGUCACGCUCCCGGCAUCCCGCGGGGGCGGGACGGGCUGAGGGGAGAAGAGCGGCAGGGAGGGGGGCGGGGUGGCGCGCCGGCCUCGGGCCGAGGACUAGUCCCAGGGAAAAGAGAGCGCGGACUUGGCGGGGUUGGGCAGGGGUCCCAGGCUGUAGCAGAGGAAGAGGAGGUGGAGGAAGAAGAAGAAAACGAAAUAGAAGAAGAUCCGGGUCCCAGGAGGGCCCGCACCGGCCGCCACGAUGCAGGAGCUCAUCGCGAGCGUGGAUCACAUCAAGUUCGACCUGGAGAUCGCGGUGGAGCAGCAGCUGGGGGCGCAGCCGCUUCCUUUCCCGGGCAUGGACAAGUCAGGGGCUGCUGUCUGUGAAUUUUUUUUGAAAGCUGCCUGUGGAAAAGGGGGGAUGUGCCCAUUCCGUCACAUUAGCGGGGAGAAGACUGUUGUGUGUAAACACUGGCUUCGAGGACUAUGCAAGAAGGGAGACCAGUGCGAAUUCCUGCAUGAGUAUGAUAUGACCAAGAUGCCUGAGUGUUACUUCUACUCCAAAUUCGGGGAGUGCAGUAACAAAGAAUGUCCUUUUCUCCACAUCGACCCGGAAUCCAAGAUCAAAGAUUGUCCUUGGUAUGACCGAGGCUUCUGCAAGCAUGGUCCCCUCUGCAGGCACAGGCAUACCAGGAGAGUCAUUUGUGUGAAUUACCUUGUCGGAUUCUGUCCAGAAGGGCCUUCCUGUAAAUUCAUGCACCCUCGAUUUGAAUUACCCAUGGGAACCACAGAACAACCACCCCUGCCUCAACAGACACAGCCUCAGGCAAAGCAAAAUAACAAUCCACCAUUACAAAGGUCGUCCUCCUUGAUCCAGUUAACGAGUCAGAACUCUUCUCCCAAUCAGCAGAGAACCCCGCAGGUCAUUGGGGUCAUGCAGUCUCAAAACAACAACGUGGGGAACAGGGGACCCCGGCCGUUGGAGCAGGUCACUUGUUACAAGUGUGGCGAAAAAGGACAUUAUGCCAACAGAUGCACCAAAGGACACUUGGCUUUUCUUAGUGGACAGUGAUGUGUGCGCCAAAGACAGUUCAAAGAGCAGUCACCUGAGGAGCCAUUUUCCUCUCCUGUAGCUAUUGAGCCUGGGGAGAACUCAUCUCACUCUACCAUCCUUUGGAUCCUUGACUUAAUUGUUUAAUGCCAAUGUUGACAAAACUAAGGUUAAGAGACUCGAUGAAGGGUUUUUCUUUUCUAAAAAAUUUUUUUGAGGGUUAGGGGUUGCUAGUUUCCCUAUCAUUUUGUUUUCUUUUAAAAAAGAAAUAUGCUACUUUGUGCCUCUGGGGGUGAUGCCCUCAGUUGGUAUCACAUGCCUGUCAUUGACCCUAACAAACCCAUUUGUUAAAGGGUUCGUUGUUAGUGAUGUAUUUAAAAGACAAGUGGCCUUCUGUGGUCUCUGACCUGAGUAAGUGACCUGAGUGACCUGAGUAAGAAGCUAGGGUCUCUUUUGUCACUCAAAACCUGGCUUUCUGCUGAAUUCAGAAAGAAUGCCUUGGAUACGGUAGUCAGCCCUCAUAGAAAACUUGAUUUUUGCCUCGUGCUGGUCCGAGCAGCAAGAAGUAAACAGCAGUUCAGAGGAAAGAUACAAAGUCUUGAGUUAGAAGUGCUCAUUUAGAGUAUAUUUCUGCUUGGGGUGUCAGUUUAAUUUGACAACACUCUGAGUACAACUUCAAAGGACACUAAAGUCAGCCACAGGUUAUCUGUUUUAAUUGAUGACCCUGGUUGACAAGAAAAUGCUGUAUCUCACCUGUACAUAUGCUAUACUUAGUUGUUGGAUUAUGCCCCCUUAUUGCUUAGGUGCUGUUGGAAUGUGAAAGAAACCACCAUGUAAUUGAAUAUGCUGUUGAAACUCUGUGAAACUGUCAUGCAAUUUUCAGGGAAAAUGGGCCUAUGUAAGUUUAAAUGCAACCAAUUUUUAUGAUUUUGAUUAAAGCAUUUUUUUAAAAAAUUGUUUUCUAAGAUCUGGUUUACAAUAGAUAUCUUUGUAGGUGCGGAAGACAAAUUAUUUUUUCACAGAAACUGCAUCAGUAUCAGUCUUAUGGGUCAAAAGUAUAGUAAGAAUGUACUAACAUUGUAAGCUAUUUAAGUCAUUUGCUAUAUUCAGAUAGUUGUCUUCAUCUUAGCUACCUUUUCAAAAAGCCACCUGCAGAUUACACUUUUACAAAUUCACAUUUGGCUCCACAGUACUGACUGCUCAAAGAUUGAAUCCAUUUCUUUUAUCUACUCCUCCUUCCUGCAUUGCCCUUCAAGUUUCUUUGCUGGUGCUUUUUUCAAAACUUACUAUUAUUUCAGAUUUGUACUUAGCGAUCUCUUAGUUUUAGUCUUUGAGAGCAGCUUAAAAAUUUUAACAAAUACAUCUUCGAUCUGUGCCAACCAUUGAAUCGGCUUGCUAUCAGUAGGCCAAGGGGUACACUAGGGGAAAAAACAGAAUUCUAGGAAUUCGAGGGUAUUUGCUCAAUUUCUUUGCCUCUCUGGGAAGUGCUAAAAUAACAGAAUCAAUAAGCAUUAAAAGCCUGCUAGGUGCAGGGAAUAUGAAGACUGAAAUGAGACAGUUCCAAUCAGGGAAGAGGUGUCCAUAAAUAAGCUUAUGUGAAAAUAAAUACAAGGUACAUUUUUGGAGUGAAGUUACUAGUAGCUGUGAUAGGAUUAAAAAGUUUAUAAAGUAUCCAUUAGGCAGUAAAACUAAACCAAAAAAACCCCAAAGGAAUUCUAAGAGGUAGAAGGUAAGGUUAGGGUAAAUUCUAGGAUGGGGAAUAGCUAAUGCAAGGUGGAGAGACAAGAGAUGGACUAUGACAAGAAAUGAGGCCAGUUUGGCUGGGCCUUCGAGUGUAUGAUAAAGAAAAAGAGAAAUAUAAUAAAUUUGAAAAGGCAGGUUGGAGUCAAGGAAGGCUCCUGAAGUUCAACAGAGAAGUUUGUUUCUACUUCGGGCCCAGAGGUUAUAGAGAACCACUGGUUCCUGAGAGGGGAAAUGACACGGUCAGAGCACACGAGUAGUCAUUUUGGCAGCUAUCACGACCCUAACAUUUCUUCUCUGAUACUGUAUCAAGUUACCUACCACAAAUUGUAGGUUAAAUUGUUGUUUUUGUGAGCAUGGUGACAUGUUCCCUUCUUGGUUCUUGAUAACUAGUGUUUCAACUUAAUAACUAAUAUGAUACCUU